UACACUAACUCCCCUCCCAUCAGAUACAGGUGUAGGUCGCGCCAAAGUCAUCAACAGACCGUCUCUACAGAAUCCACUAUGAAUUCCGUGCUGGUUUUGUCUCUGGUCAGUGUGCUACUGUCCGUAGUCAGAUGUGAACAGGCUGUUAUAAACGUGCUGAUGGACACAGGAGCCGCUUCCACUCAAUGUGGUGCCGUAGAGCUCGGAUUCAGCCAGGAGGCCCGUCUCUCGUCCAGUGGGAAGGCACCAGAAGGAUACUACAGCGUGUUAAUAUCCGCCGUGGGUGACGCGCCAGCUAACUGUUCCUACCGCCAUCUUUGUGUAGACGUUGUCCAUAGUCACAUGGAAUUCUGUUUUGCCAAAGUUCACAUUUCUGGAAAGCAUUUCGAGAAGACAGACUCAGUAGCUGAACUAGGAUGUGGUAAGAAGGUUCCAGAAGGAUGGUGUACCAAUGCCCAAUUUCUAGAGGUAACCGUUUUGGAGAAACCAAGUUACGCCGAAACUUCAGGUUACUCCUUCAACAUAACAGUUUCCUCAAAGUGCAAGAACAACGAUGCUGACCAUGAGGAGGUCGUCGACGAUUUUGUACCAAUUGAUCUAGAAGAGGCUAUCAAUCAGACACGUAUUAUUGGCGUGAUCGUGGCUUGUUGUCUAGCGAGUGUCUUCCUCGUCACCCUCGCUCUCACUUACUUCUGGUACAAAAACAAAAGAGACCCCGGCCUGAGACAGGACUCGUAAACAGGGAUAAUAGACAAGGAGGAUAACUAUGGCAUCAGACAGGGGAAAUAACCAGGAGUAAAAUGGACAGGAGGCUUAAAAAUUGACAUCAAACAGGAGAUGUAACCAGGAAAAACAACAGCUAUAAAGGUUGUUUGGAAUUCACUUAUAUUUUCCGGAUUUGUAGUUACACAACAGGCGCAGCAUGCGGGAGUGCCUUCAUCAUGAAGCGAUUACUUCAACAGCCAUACGUUAGGCACCAGUUACCAUGGAAACAAUGUAUCCAAGAAAACACCAAUUUGGAAGGCUUUAUUUUCACUGUAAACUCAAUCUAAGGGAGGCAACUCCUGUGUUUGAAAGCAAGGGAUAUAACUCUGUUAAGCUUCGUUGUGUAAGGUUGCGUGCCCGUCAGAGUAAUUGUGUAUGAGGUCCCGAGGGUGGAGAGAUGAUUCAUGUGAUGAAAACCGCCCUGGGUCGAUGUUAAUUAAAACCUGGUGCACAGCAAGCGUAAUCAAUAGGACCACGCCUAAAGGACAUGAAGCAUCUCCAACUGAUGGCCAACUUUAGUACGUGUGUGUGAGAAUGUGUGUGUGUUAGCUCAUACUUUAUAUAUAUUCACAGCAUUCCCAAUUUUGAAAAGUUAGAUACACAAUAAUCCUGCUGUUUCUGAAAAACUUCAAUAUUGUAUCAUUGUUAGUUUGUACAUUUGAGGAAGGAAAUGUGUUUUUAAGUGAAGAGAACAUACUUUUUAUGUCACUAAAGAAUUUACGUUUGAAUCUCGGAGUUACAAAGGACACAAACUUGGAUAAAAUUUACUGACUUGAAUGCCGCGGUGAUUCUACUUACUUGAUAUUACAACAAGACCUCAGGGCUACACGUGUGUCUGCACGUGUAGAUGUCAUAUGUGAUUCACCAAUUGUAUAUGUCAUAUGUGAAUCACUUGUCUACAAGAAAUAGCACGUGUCAUAAGGGUCUUAAGUAUAUAGUGUUUACUCAAUUGCCUCAAAAUUACCGAUGUUUAUACUCAUUUAUAAACAGCUAUUUGAGACGGUUGUAAUGACCUGGUAGUCAGUAGACAUGCUUACUUAAUUUCAUUGUUUCAAUGUAGAUACAUGUACUUGUAGUUUAGGGUCAAGUUGUUUAAAGAGUAAUAGUUAAGGUUCUCAUUGUUAGAUAUUGUUCAAUAAUUUGGAUCGAGAAGUUAAAUUAGAAAUAGUCUAGAGUUAGGUUGUUAACAAGAAAUGGCUUUAGUCGAGUUGUUCAAUACGAAAUAGUUUAGGUCGACCUAUUCAACGAGAAAUAGUUUAAGGUAAAAAAAUAGUUUAAGGUCGAAUUGCUGAAGUAGAUACACUUUAGGGUCGGGUUACUAAGGUAGAUUCAGUUUACGGUCGAGUUGUUUUAGUAGAAAUACUUUAGUGUAAAAGCAGAUAGAAUAACAUCGAGUUAGACAAGAAGUAAUUCCUGUCCAUGUCUAUCUGUAAAACAGAAAUUCAUUAGGUCCGGGUUGUGAAAAAGUGAAUUAGAUAUAUACAGCCUGACUGAAAUUAACCUAGAAGAGAUCAGAAACUAUUAGCAACUGGAAUGUGUUUUGUUUAUAAAUCAUUG